AGUGCGCACGCGCUUCCCUCUCGGAUUAAUGUCAAGGCACAAAAGUGGCGCUACAGCGUUUCGAGCUCUCCUCCGGUGGUUGCCUUAGCGAUGGAUGGGGAGUCAGAGCCAAGCCCUGUUGUGGCAGAGGACGCGGAGGAGAAGGCGGAGCUUCUCGACGCCACUCCUUCCUCCCAGCCGCCAUCCUCACCUCCCGCCGAGGAGUCUGGGGAGCCGGUGUCCAUGGAAACGGGAGACGAAGCCACAAAGGAGGGUGGCACAGAGGACAAUGACGAUGAUGAUGUUGUUCUUGUAGAGGAGGAGGCUUCCCAGCCGCUUCCCGCUGCUGCUGCUACCUCUUCUCCAGACGGACCCGACGCGGAGAGUGCCGAGCAUGCAGGCGCUGCGGCAGAGGACGCAGCAGAAACGCCUUCCAAGAGCCCCGACUGUCCUCCGUCUUCCAACGCAUCCAUGGCGGCGGCGGCGGCAGCGGCCCAGAAGCCUCGGACCGCAGCCCCGGAGCCUAUCGUCAUCGACGACGAGGAGGACUGUGAACAGAAAGAAAACUCUUCCCCCUCACCUGCGCUCCCCGGGGAGUCCUCCGCCUCCCACUCACCCGCCGCGCUCAGCAGCAACGACCCGGACUCGGAGAUCAGGAUCUCCAGCGUCACCACUCUGGGCUCCAGCAACCAGAGGGGCUCGGCGGCCAACACGCCGCCACAUCCAGACGAUGCCCAUGCCGACAUCAACCUGAUGAUCACCUCUGUGACGUCCCUCCAAGGCGGAGCGGUGGCUGUCGGAGAGGCGGAUGAAAACGAGACAGAGGAGAACGGUCUGCAGAUCAGCAGUGCCUUCAGUCUGAAUCCUGACACCCCAUCUGCUCGACCAACCGCCUCCUUUAACCCCGGCCGAGGCUCCGCCAGCCAGCUGGUUCAGAACGGAGACACGGGGACACACAAAGGAGCAGACUCGUGGAUCUCUCAGUCGGCCUCGGUUCCCCGGAACCAGAAGCAAAGCGGGGUGGACUCUCCGUCGCCUGCCACCUCGCUGCCAAAGCCUGCAGGCCAGUCUUCCUCCUCCUCCUCAGGCUCCCAGACACAACCCAGGACAGUCAAGGUGACCUGCGCCAACUGCAAAAAGCCUCUGAAGAAAGGCCAGACAGCCUACCAGCGAAAAGGCUCCUCUCACUUGUUCUGCUCCACCACUUGCCUCUCUGCCUUCUCACACAAACCUGCACCCAAGAAGACCUGCACCAUGUGCAAAAAGGACAUCACACACAUUAAGGGCACCAUUGUGGCCCAGGUGGACUCUAGCGAGUCUUUUCAGGAGUUCUGUACGACCGGCUGCUUGGGCGCGUACGAGAACAAGAACAACCCGCCUAAAACAGGCCUGAAAAACAAAUGCACUGUCUGCGGGAAACUCACAGAGAUUCGGCAUGAGGUUAGCUUUAAGAACGUGACCCACAAGAUCUGCAGCGACACAUGUUUCAAUGUGUACCGCAAAGCCAACGGGCUGAUCAUGAACUGCUGCGAGCAGUGUGGCGACUAUCUGCCCAGCCGGGCGUCGGCCAACCACUUCCUGCUGGUUGACGGCCAGCAGAAACGCUUCUGCUGCCAGAACUGCAUCAGGGAUUACAAACAGGCCCACAGUAAACUUGCCAGCUGUAUGACUUGCAAAACACUAAUCAAGACGGGGGAGGUGCUCCAAAGCCUCGACGCAGGCUCUGCCAUGAGCUCCUACUGCUCCGUCAGCUGCAUGAACAAGGGCAAGCUGACGUCAUUCAUCAACAAGGAACCUACAUGUCAUUUCUGUAAAAGAAGCUCAUUGCCGCAGUACCAGGCCACGCUGCCAGAGGGCGACAUCCUCAACUUCUGCAGCUCCCAAUGUGUUACCAAGUUUCAGAACGCCUCCCUUCCAACAACCACCAAUGGUCAGACGCCCCUCAGCAACAGCUCUGUCCAGCUGAAAUGUAACUACUGCCGAGGAGCGUUCAGCCUGAAGCCCGAAAUUCUGGAGUGGCAGGAUAAGGUCUAUCAGUUCUGCAGUAAGCCAUGCUGUGAGGACUACAAGAAGCUCCACUGCAUCGUGACGUUUUGCGAGUACUGCCAAGAAGAGAAGACCCUUCAUGAGAUGGUCAAGUUCUCUGGCGUCAAGAGGCCCUUCUGCAGCGAAGGCUGCAAGCUGCUGUUUAAACAGGAUUUCAUCAGCCGGCUGGGGCUGAAGUGCGUGAGCUGCAACCACUGCAGCCAGCUGUGCAAAAGAGGCAUCACCCGGCAGCUCGGCAACAUGACCCGGGACUUCUGCAGUGAGGCCUGUGCCAAAAACUUCAACGACUGGUAUUACAAGGCGGCGAGGUGCGACUGCUGUAAGGUUCAGGGAAACCUGACGGAGUCGGUGAUGUGGAGGUCAGAGAUGAAGCAUUUCUGCGACCAGGAGUGUCUGCUGAGGUUCUACUGCCAGCAGAACGACCCCAUCAUGGUCACCCAGAAGGGACCAGAGAACACCAUGCUGGGUAUAGACAUGCACGCCGCAAAAGCUGGGCUGGUGAACCAGAGUGCUGCGGCGUACUCCAGUGGAGGAGUGAUCAGAGAUGUGAAGAAUAAGGCGGUGCUGUGCAAACCGCUCACCCUGACCAAAGCCACCUACUGCAAACCACACAUGCAGAGCAAACAUCUACAAACGGAUGUAGAUGACGGUGUGAAGAGGGAGUAUAUUCCCGUACCCAUCCCUGUACCCGUCUUCAUCCCGAUGCCUAUGAACAUGUACGCCCAGGUCACCCCCACUCCAGUCUCUAUGCCUCUACCGGUUCCUGUGCCUGUGUUUCUGCCCACCACGCUGCAGGGGGCAGAGCAGAUUAUUCACACCAUGAAAGAUAUGAAAAGCGAGGCGCCCUCUAAUACCUCAGAGGCGGCUAUUAUCAUCGACGACGAGGAGAAACCAGAUGUGAAGCCGUUGGCGGUGAAGAGAGAGAGUGUUAAGGAGGAAUCCUCCAGCUGUGGCGCCAAAAAAGAGGAGACGGUGAAGGAGGAGAAGGAGGAGGAAAAGUAUGAGCCUGACCUGGACCUAGAGGCAGACUUCCCUCAAGCGUCGGAUCCUGUCCCGGCGCUGGAGGGAAUGGACGAUGACAUGAGCUUUUCUCUGCCUCCGGUCUUGGCAGAGGAGAAAGAGGAGCUGCAGGAAUCUGCGCCUCGACCUCGGUCCAGAAGACUGGGAAGUAAAAGGCAGGCCGUGGAGGAUCUGCCUUCGUCCUCUCCGUCACGUCCAGGCAGCAACUUGGAAGGAAGAUCGCUGCCCCUCAAGUCUCGCUACGGCAUCAACGCUUGGAAACGCUGGGCACUGUCCCUCUCUGACCAAUCAGAAGACACCAAAGAAAAGGAUAUUUCCAAACCAACUCGGUCGAAAAGCAACCUGUUGUCGUUGAACGGAGAGGAGCUGAACGCCGCUCUGUCCCAGUUCGUCAGAGAGGUGUGCCGGCCGAACGGGGAGCGCUACUCUCCAGAUAGCAUCCUCUACCUCUGUCUGGGAAUUCAGCAGCAUCUUCACGCCAAAGGCCGGAAGGAUGAUCUGUUCAGCGACCCGUGUUACCAGCAGUUUGGAGAGGAGCUCAACAAGGUGCUCAAAGAUUGGCAGCCCAGUGUGCUUCCUGAUGGCUCGCUGUGGGGCCGGGUGGAGGAGCAGAGCCUGUGGAGCGGCCGGCACCUUGGGGAGCAGAGUCCGGCCUCCCUGCUCCGCUCGCUGGUCUACCUGAACACCAAAUACUUUGGUCUGCGCACCGUGGAGCAGCACCUGCGCCUCUCCUUCGCUAACGUUUACGGGCCCGACACCAUCCAUCCUGUCAGCAAGGAGCACAGCGUCUGCAUCCGCGUGCCCUCCAUCCCUCAGGAUCACCACGGUGAAGCACAGACAGAAUCUAGGAAGAGGAAGCGCAAGCAGACCGAGGUCAAACGGGAUGAAAAUGAGGCGGGCCACCCGCCUGUCCGCUGCCCAGUACAGAAGCACGAGUGUCGUCUCUACGAGCUCUACAGAUCCAAGUGUCCGCCGUUGCUAUGGGAGCGCCUCGACGUCUUCUACGUCCAGCCGGACCCCGCCCGCGGCCCCGGCGACCCCGUCUGGUUCAGCUCCACUCCGCUGGAGCGUCAGAUCCUAGAAAGCCUCCUGACCAGAGUCCUCCUGGCCAGAGACAUUUACACAGACAAGCCACUCCGGGAGGAAGAAGAAGACGAGGAGGAGUGCGGCGAUGGACCUGGAGGAGAGUAGCGCCCGCUUUCGGACUCCCGUUCAGAAACCCGACGAGAGCGUUCGGGGUAAUCUAAUCGUACGUUGUCCCCUUCACCCGUCUCUUAUCCUCGUCUCUUCACCGACUCUAGUGACUUACCGUUUCCUCCUGGUGAGGGACGCCCCCGGCGAACAGAGGAAGCUCACAGCGGCCCAGGCUUCUGCCUCAAACAGGAAGUCAGAGGACAAAGCCUUCGAUUUGUUUUGGGGUUUUUUUGUUUUUGUUUUAGAACCUGGAGAAAAACGACGGCCACGUAGUUGAGACGAGUAAACGUAGUGAGCCGAAGCUCGUCCUUAACAUCAAACACCCCCCCAAAAAAAGAAAACAGUUAAACGGACAGUGUGGAUGUGAAGGGAUAUCAGGAUGUUGUUUCCAGAACAUGCAAGCUUAAGUUUAGUUACAAACAUCAAAGCCAUAUUUGAGUUUAAUUUUCUCGAUUCUGAAAUAAAUUUGUUUGAAUUUCGGUUCCUCCCUGAUAACGCUGUGAGGGGAGCGGGUCGGCGUUCUCCAAACGCUUUUAUACCAAGAAGAACAUCAAACAUUAAUUAAAAUAUGUCAAAUUCCGAGGGUUUUUUUUUCUUUCUUAUUUUUAAGUUUUCAUCCCACUUGGUUUACUGUUAUUGCAUUCAUACCAGAACUCCACUUGAGAGAAUAACAUCCUGUUGGUUGGCCAACACACGGACAGCAUAUGACUUGUUCUGGUUAUUAUAAUGUUAAAACAUGAACAGUGUGCUACAGAUUCGGAGAUGGUUUUAUAUAUAUUAGAGAUGCACUGAUCAGAUAUUUUGUGGCCAGUUUCUGAUGUCCAAUUUUGGAAAGUUCUAACUUAAUACCAGUUUUAGUCAUUUCUUUAAAAUCUUCUAUUAAAAACACUGUUUUUUUUUUAUUUUUAUUUCUACUUCUUGACACCAUAUUUAUAGUAAAAUAAAAUGGCUAAGAAAGAAAUCGGGCCAAAGUUACACAGCUUGCACUCUCCAUCACUGAAAAUCUACAUUUAAAGCUUUUUGGUCUGACGCAUCUAUAAACUAAAAACCCAAUUAAAAAGAUUGACAGCCUAUUUAAUUUUUUUUUAUUUUUUUUAUUCGAUUUUGAACAUCUAAUACGCACCAUCUUGAAAGACAUAAAUUUCAAAAUAAUUUAAUUCUCCAUAUUAAUAUCAGAGAAAAGACCAGUAUGUUUUCAUUAGUCUUCUCAGUUAUAGUUCAAGUGAGCAAACAAGAUGUCUUCUGUCAUCAGUUAUUUAUACAGGGAGCAGAGGUGACGUCACACCGUGUGAGGGAGAGAACAGUCGAUGUUGCACAGCUCUGCAGUCAAAGCAUUCCACUAUUUGAAAACAAAUGGAAAAUGAUCAAUUUACAUUUUAAACCUACUUUAUUUUAGGGGGCCAUCCUUUCCUGUUUGAGCUGAUACAAUCCUCUUUAGAAGGAAAAAACUGCAACUUUUCUACAAUACCUUUAGCUUCCUGUUAGCAUUGCUUAAAAAAAAAAAAAGUGAACAUCUGGAAUGUUUUCUAGAACCUUCAAACAUCCUUUGCGCUUCCUCUGACUACUUUUCUUUUGAAAUAAAGCCGUACCACGUCAUUCGGUAUCAACUUCCACACAAAAGAACUGCUUGGUUUUUAUGUGGUGUGUUUACUGACUGGGAAAAGAAUGGAUUUUUAGCUUCCGCUGGUUUGGAGUCGAUGAAUGAGUGAAAUCGGCCUAUUAUUCCAGCAACCAGACAAUUUCUUGGUGCAUCUCUAAUAUUCUCCACUGUUUGUGAGUCUUUUAAAACGCCUCUUUAAACGAGUGAAUCCUCAGAUUUUGGCCUGUACAAGGGAACUGGUUUAAUUAUCAACAUCAUAAGAGGAAUCCAGACUUGUACAUUGCAAUAGAUGGUCAAAAUCGACACAAGAAACUCAGAAAUGCAGAAUUUAAUGUCAGCCAGAUUAUUUAGUUUAAAUUAGAUUAAAUAAGCUCCCAUUUAUCUUAAUUUCAGAAUGUCCAGUUGGCUAAACUUGUCUGUGAAAAGCGAAGGGAGGAAAAACAUUUGCUCAAAAUAGCAUCGCUAGCACAAGGCCAACUGAACGGCAUUUUCUGUAGCGAUCGACUUACGUUGACGCUUGUAAAGGGGCUACUUUGACACAUUCUUGAGAAAUGUCUUUAGGAAUCAGAGUUUAGGUUUUUGGGGGUUUUCUCCCAGGUAAAAAGAAAGAAACCAAGUCGUCAGGAUGACUCUGAGGUCACGAGUGCUUGAAAAUCAACAAUGUGAUGUUCUAUCAUCUGUUGUUUCACUUCAGGUUUCUGCACACUCUUUAAAGGUGGUAUUGUAAAGUCAUCUUGUUAUUUUUUUUUGUUUUUGUUUUUUAAAGUUGUAUAACGUCUGCAUCGACUAGGCUGCCUUACCUUCCAACAUGCUGUGUCUCUAUUGGUUCACCCUCGCUCGUGUGAUGUAGCAUUACCAGAGUACCAAACCCAGACUGUGUGUCAUAAAUGCGUCCGAUUCAGGUUGGUUAUCUCGCACAUCGCCAACACAGGAAAAACAACUGCAGCUUGCAAGCCUGCAGGAUUAAAACUGUCUUUAAAACUUAUUUAUUCCUUUUUUUUUGUUUUGUUUUUUUUUUUUUUCGUUAAUAUGUUGGGAUUUUGCGGCUGCCAUUUUCUUUUUCACUUUGUUUUCACUCAUUAGUUGCUGCUGUCUGUCCUGCGGUGGUGAAGGAUCCCGUGAAGCAUGAAGGAUGAGGAUGGUUUGAAUACGGAGCACUUCUUUCCGAGUCUCCCAUUUUCCUGACACUUUUUUUUUUUAUAGACGUCUAGUACUGCAAAGUAAAAACUUUUGUUGUAGCAAAUUAAUUGAAUAUUUUUUAUUCGAAACAGUUGAGUUAGACUGUUUUGGGUUUUUUUCUACUUGUCUCUUAAAUUUUUUUUUUUUUUUUUUUUUUUUUUAUUGUGGAGCUAAAACUCUCAGACUUCAGGCUGUUUCUCCUGUUACGUCAAACUUGCCUUGUGUGCGUAUUCCCAGUCCCUCGGACUGUGACGUUCUCUGAAGAACAGACUGUGUUUAGAGGUCUGGGUCUGCAGUGAACACACACUAUGGCGGUGUAUUCCCCAGGGAGAAUAUUGGUCAGGUGGCUCCAUGCAGCUUAAAAAUCCAAACAUUCAAAUUUUCAGAGGAAACCAGUUAACCAGACUGAUUUUUUUAUUAUUAUUAUUUGUUGUUUUUUUCCCCUUGCUGGACUGAGAGGCAACAACCAAACCUGCCACUGGUUUGGCCCUGCAGUACACGCUGUGGCUGGCUUUAACGCCUAAUGUGAAUGUGCCUAUCUGUAUAUAGUGAAAGUGAGUGACUGUGACCUGAAUCUGAUGCUAUGUGUAUGGGCUGUUCUGCCAAUACGGUUAUGUUUAAUAAAUGAUUUCCUUUUUUCUAACCAGA